CGGGAUAAACUUUGACCUACUUCGAAAAAUGAGCGAAAUUUUAACAAAUUCCAAUAAAAACGCUUGUAUGCCAGUAAAUCUAGCAAUGGUGGCUCCAAAAGUCAGUUCUCGAAAUAGUGAACGAUCUGAUGCUGGAUCGGAAGGUGAUAUUGAGCUGGGAAUAGGUCAACAUUAUCUCGUACAGCGGUCAGACAAUACAUGGCAUGAGGCAGAGAUUGUUCAGAUGCGUGCAAGUGACGAUGACCCGGCUAAGAAUGUGUUCUAUGUACAUUAUGAAGGGUUUAAUAGACGUUUAGAUGAAUGGGUUGAGGCUGACCGUUUCAACCUCUCUCAAAAGAUUGAAGACACACAGCAGAAAGGAGAGAGUGGGCAACCAUUGUUGACAGACUUUGCUGAUGGCACUGACAGAAAGAUAACACGUAAUCAGAAGCGUAAGCACGAUGAGAUUAAUCAUGUACAGAAAUCAUAUGCUGAGAUGGACCCCACAACUGCAGCGCUAGAGAAAGAGCAUGAAGCUCUUACGAAAGUGAAAUACAUUGACAAGGUCCAGAUCGGCAAAUAUGAAAUUGAUGCCUGGUAUUUCUCACCCUACCCCGAGGAGUAUGGAAAAGCCCCUAAGCUGUGGAUUUGUGAAUAUUGUCUAAAAUAUAUGCGCCUGGAAAAGAGCUUCAGAUAUCAUCAGAGUCAGUGUACAUGGCGACACCCACCAGGGAAGGAGAUCUACAGAAAAGGUUCCCUGUCAGUGUUUGAAGUUGAUGGAAAGGACCAUAAGAUAUACUGCCAAACCCUGUGCCUGUUAGCGAAAUUGUUCCUUGACCACAAGACGUUAUACUUUGAUGUGGAGCCAUUUCUUUUUUACAUUAUGACAGAGGUUGACCGUCACGGAUGUCACAUGGUGGGCUAUUUCUCAAAGGAGAAGGAGUCUCCAGAUGGUAACAACCUGGCCUGUAUUCUCACUCUACCACCAUUCCAGAGGAAAGGCUAUGGGAAAUUUCUUAUUGCAUUUAGUUAUGAAUUGUCCAAAAUAGAACAAGUUGUUGGGUCUCCAGAAAAGCCUCUAUCUGAUUUGGGAAAGUUGAGUUACAGAAGCUAUUGGUCUUGGGUUCUCCUGGAGAUACUUCGUGAUUUUAGAGGGAAUCUGUCAAUUAAAGACCUAAGUGAGAUGACCAGUAUAACGCAAACAGACAUCAUUGGAACACUACAAUCUAUGAACCUUGUGAAAUAUUGGAAAGGACAGUAUGUUAUCUGCAUCACACCAAAACUUGUUGAAGAACAUUUGAAGAGUGCACAAUACAAAAGGCCGUUAAUCUCAGUAGAUGGGGAGUGUCUAAGAUGGGCACCACCCAAAAAAGUCCCGAAAAUAUUCCUUAAAAAAUAAAUUGGAAUGUCAUGCCCUUGUACAUGUACCUAGAGCCUUGACAUUUUGAAUAUAGUAAUGCACUCAUUUUCAGACUCAAUAUUUAGAUUAAGGAACUAUUGCCUAACUAUCUCA